UGUCUUUCUUUCUUUCUGUGCCAAGUCUCUCACUCACUGCUCUUUCGCUUUUCUGCUUCAACUGCCUUUACUUUCCUUUAAUCCUCCGUCCCACAUACCAAUUAGACACCUUACACUCGUACUCAUCAUACACAUACACCAUUUCCUUUCUACUUUCUUUCUUUCUUCUGCGCUAAGUUUUUUUCUGAUUCCUCAAUUGAAUUCACCAAAAUUUCUACCUUCCCUGUGCUGCAUGAUAUUCCACGAAACCAAUUCCACAGAAACCCUAGCCACUUCAGUUGUCUCAUAAAAUCACUAUAUCUGUGAUGAGUUCGGCUCCUUUUUAAUGGCUCGCGCUCAUCACAAUCACACGCUGCUUUUCAUACUAUACUUUACCUUGUUUUUUCCCUUUCUUGAUUUUGCUUCAUCAUCUUCUUCUUUAGACCAUGAUUUCUCCAUUAUUGAUUGGGAUUUUGACUGGCUCCACGGGGAUUACACUCCCCCGGCGCCGCCUCAGCCUCCGCCGCUGCCGCACCCGCCCUCCCUCACCUGCGAAGACGAUCUCAGGGGAACUGGUUCUUUGAGAACCUCCUGCGACCUCAAUUCCAGUUUGGUUUUCGAUAGGGAUGUGUACAUAGAAGGAAAUGGGAGCCUCAACGUGCUUCAAGGUGCGAGCUUGAGUUGCCCGAUUUUGGGUUGCGUGAUUUUGAUCAACAUCAGUAAGGGGUUCACCUUGCAGAACGGUGCAUCCAUCGUUGCUGGAACUGUCUCUGUGGUUUCCCAGAAUGCCAGCUUGCUCGCUGGCUCUGUCAUAAACGUGACCGGUAUGGCCGGUAUGCCGCCUUCUCAGACCAGUGGCACGCCGUCGGGGACUCAGGGCGCCGGCGGGGGUUACGGCGGCAGAGGUGCCAGCUGUGUCUCCGACAACACCAAGCUUCCCGAUGAUAUCUGGGGUGGGGAUGCGUACUCCUGGUCCUCACUGGACAAGCCGUGGAGUUAUGGGAGCAAAGGGGGGACCACAAGUAAAGAUGAAGAUUAUGGUGGGGAAGGAGGUGGCAGAAUCAGCUUUGAGGUACUUGAUUCCAUUGAAGUCUCUGCGGAUCUUUUGGCAAAUGGAGGUGACGGUGGGAUCAAGGGUGGUGGAGGUUCUGGUGGUAGCAUUUAUAUUAAAGCUCAGAGAAUGACCGGAACUGGCACUAUCAGUGCUACAGGAGGUGGUGGGUUUGCCGGAGGUGGAGGUGGACGAGUUUCAAUCAAUGUCUUCAGCAGACACGACAAUACGAAAUUCUUCAUUCAUGGAGGAGUUAGUCUGGGAUGUUCUGGCAACGCAGGUGCUGCUGGGACAUAUUAUGAUGCUGUUCCUAGGACACUCACAAUUUGUAAUUAUAACUUAUCUACACAAACUGAUACGCUUCUGUUGGAGUUUCCUAAGGUGCCUCUUUGGACAAAUGUUUAUAUCCAGAAUAAAGCCAAGGCAUUGUUUCCGUUAUAUUGGAGCCGUGUUCAGGUCAGUGGGCUAGUUCGUUUGACUUUUGGCUCUGUUUUAAGUGUUGGGCUUGCUCAUUAUGGUUCAUCAGAGGUUGAGUUAAUGGCAGAAGAGCUUCUAAUGAGUGACUCCACAAUCAAGGUAUUUGGGGCGCUUCGUAUGUCUGUCAAGAUUCACCUGAUGUUGAAUUCCAAGAUGCUUAUAGAUGUUAAUGGUGAACCAUUUGUUUCAACAACUUUACUUGAAGCUACCAACUUAGUAGUUCUCAAGGAUUCAUCAAUUAUUCAUUCUAAUGCAAAUUUGGGAAUUCAUGGACAAGGUUUUUUGAACUUAUCUGGACCUGGAAAUCUGAUUGAAGCUCAACGUCUGAUUUUGUCAUUGUUUUAUACUAUCAAUGUUGAGUCUGGAUCUGUUCUAAGAGGUCCUUUGGAGGCUGCUGGUGAUGAUAUGACACCAAAACUCUACUGUGAACUUGAGAAUUGCCCUGUGGAAUUGCUCCAUCCACCUGAAGAUUGUAAUGUGAAUUCUUCAUUGGCUUUCACCCUUCAGAUAUGUCGGGUUGAGGAUGUGAAUGUCGAAGGCACCAUAACUGGCUCCGUUGUGCAUUUUCAUUGGAUUCGAAAUGUGUAUGUCCAAAAUUCUGGUGUGAUCAAUGUCUCUGGGCUUGGCUGUACUGGUGGGUUGGGUAGAGGAAGGUAUUUUGAAAAUGGAAUUGGUGGGGGUGGUGGACAUGGAGGCUAUGGUGGGGAUGGAUAUUACAAUGGUAAUUUCGUUGAGGGUGGUUCGACUUAUGGUGAUGCUGAUUUGCCAUGUGAACUCGGCAGUGGCAGUGGAAAUGAUAGCCUAGCUGGUGCAACAAAAGGAGGUGGAAUUGUAGUGAUGGGUUCAUUGGAGCACUCAUUAUCAAGUUUGGUCGUGAAAGGUUCACUUAAAGCUGAUGGAGAAAGCUUUGGAGGAGAUACAGGGCAGGAUGGUAAAAUUACUUCAAGCAUUGGUCCUGGCGGUGGCUCUGGUGGAACUGUUCUGUUGUUUGUUCAGACUGGUGGAAGGAUUCACUUUCAUUGGUCUAAUAUUCUAGUUGGAGAUGAAUAUAUCCCUAUAGCAAGUGUAAAUGGAAGCAUUCUUACUAGAGGAGGACUUGGUGGCGGGCAGGGUCUUCGUGGGAAAAAUGGAUCUAUAAGUGGAAAAGCUUGCCCCAGAGGGCUUUAUGGCAUCUUCUGUGAGGUAUGUCAGCAAUCUUCCUUUACUUGUAUAGGUGAGAUGAGUCUGAUAGAGCUCUGUGUCGUGAUUGUCCGCCUGAUGAGCUUCCACAUCGUGCCAUAUAUAUUCCUGUUCGAGAUUCCUGUGACCUUUCAGAUUAUUGAAACAAGUAGAUGUGAGGAAUCUCAGAGUCAUGUGCACAGGUUGUAUUUCCAGGCCCCAAAUACAUUCAGUGAACCUUGGCAUCUAUCUCAUUGUCCCCCUGAACAAGUAAAAGAUAUUGUAUACGAAGAUGCCUUUAAUAGAUUUGUGGAUGAGAUUAAUAGUUUAGCUACUUAUCACUGGUGGGAAGGGUCUAUAUACAGUAUCCUCUGCAUCGUCGCAUAUCCUCUUGCUUGGUCAUGGCUGCAAAGGUGUCGAAGAGCGAAAUUGCAGCAACUUAGAGAAUAUGUUCGAUCAGAGUAUGAUCAUGCUUGUUUGCGUUCUUGCCGGUCACGAGCACUCUAUGAGGGGCUGAAGGUAGGUGCAACAUCUGAUCUGAUGCUGGCAUAUCUGGACUUCUUUCUUGGCGGGGAUGAGAAAAGACCUGAUUUGCUGCCUCGCCUUCAUCAAAGAUUUCCUAUGUCUAUAGUUUUUGGGGGAGAUGGAAGUUACAUGAGUCCUUUCUCUCUUCACAGUGAUAAUAUUCUUACUAGCAUCAUGAGUCAGUCUGUUCCAUCAACUAUAUGGUAUCGGUUAGUGGCUGGUCUUAAUGCCCAACUACGCUUGGUUCGCCAUGGACAUCUAAGGAUAACUUUUGGCCCUGUUAUUAGCUGGCUUGAUGUAUAUGCAAACCCCACAUUGGCUAGAUAUGGUGUCCGUGUUGAUCUUGCCUGGUUUCAGCCCACAGCCUCUGGAUAUUGCCAAUUUGGACUUGUGGUACAUGCAACUGGGAAUGAAAGCAUCUCUUCAUCGUGGGAAGGUUACGAAGAUUCAAUAAAUGAAAAGCAGCCACAUUUCCUUAGAGGUUCUAGAAAUCCAGUGCAUUACAUGACAGGCUAUGAACACCCAUUGAUUCCUAGAAAGAUAUCUGGUGGGAUAUUAAAUGCCAAGAACCUGAGAACACUUAAAGAGAGGAGAACAAUAUAUUAUCCUUUUGCUUUUAUUAUUUACAAUACAAAACCUGUUGGUCAUCAGGAUCUUGUUGGUCUGGUUAUCUCUAUACUACUCCUGGGAGAUUUCAUCCUAGUGUUGCUUACUUUGCUUCAGAUGUAUUCAUUGUCCCUACUGAACUUCUUUUUAGUGCUAUUUGUUCUUCCUUUUGGGGUACUAUUUUCGUUUCCAUCUGGAAUUAGUGCUUUGUUUAGCCAAGGACCAAGGAAAUCAGCUGGGCUUGCUCGUCUGUAUGCUUUAUGGAAUCUUACCUCCUUGGUCAAUGUUGCAGUGGCUUUCUUUGGUGGAUUUAUUCAUUAUAUAGUAGCACAUUCAAAUAACAAGCUCUCCAACAACAUUCAAUCCUGGAAUUUUAGUUUGGAUGAAAGUGAAUGGUGGAUGCUGCCAUCCGGUCUAACACUAUGCAAAAUAAUUCAAGCACGCCUUAUUGAUUGCCACGUUGCUAACCAGGAAAUACAGGAUCCCUCAUUGUAUAGCAGUGAUCCUGACGUCUUCUGGAAUUCUUAGAUGUUUUAACUUUGGUUUCUGUAUAUUUUUUUUAGUGUAGGUGGCAGCUGCCGUAUUUUGUGGCAUUGUGUAAAUUGUAUUGUCAUAGGAAAGGGAAAGGGAAGGUUCAUCAAAGGACAUCGUCAUACACAUCCGUGUUAUUAUAGUUUGUUCUGAUUAUUACUAGAGUCACGUGUCCAGCAAUAACAUGGGUAGAUGAGCUGAAAUCACAAAUUCACAAUCAAUCAUCAAUAACACGAUUGAAUUAAUUAUUUACUAACAGGGAUUGUGCCCGAUAUUGGUAA